UACAGCAGUGCCUUGGAGCUUGUUCGUUCGAUGCUACCAUUGCCCCAUCUUAAAGAUGGGUAUCUGACUGCACCACCAGUAGGAAACACAACUGCAGCUCAUUAUGAUUGGAGGAUAACAGAGUUCGUUUUGGAUCAUGAAGCAUUUCAACUGGUCGUCAAAGUCGAGGAGAAACAAGUUUCCCGAAGCCUCCCCGUAAGAAUUGCGGAUGAAGCAACUGAAGAGAAAACAAGUAUCAGAGUUGAUAUUCCAGAUAUUGUGUCUGUAUCAGCAUGUGCUGAUCUGACUCUACCACCAGGUGCAGGCCUCUGCAUUGAUACCAUCCAUGGUCCAGUCUUCCUGGUAAGUCUCAUGCUUUAUAUUUUCAUUCUAAAAAGUUCUUAA